UCUUUUCUUCUUCUUUUUUUUUUCUUUUCUCUGCACAAACAAAUACAUUUGUUCUCAUUGUUUAUUAUUAUGGCCACCACCACCAAAUCCAAGACUACCUCUUCUGCCAAGAAGGCCGAUCAUCCUACCUACGAGGCUAUGAUCAAAGCUGCCAUUCUCGCUCUCAAGGAACGCAAGGGUAGCUCCAGACCCGCUAUCAAAAAGUACAUCUUGGCCAACUACAACGUCAACGCCGGUGCUCACUUUGACACUCAAAUCGCUGCUGCCAUCAAACGCGGUGCCGCCAAAGAAAUCUUUGCUUUGCCCAAAGGUGUUUCUGGCAGUGUGAAAUUGGUCAAGCCUGAAAAGAAAUCCGCGGCUGAAAAGGAUGCCACUAAGAAGAGCACCGCAGCUCCCAAGGCCAAGAAGCCUACCGCCAAGAAGGCUGCUGCUCCCAAGAAGGCCGCAUCCACAAAGAAGGCUACCACCACCACUACCACCAAAAAGGCCGCUCCCGCUAAGAAGGCUACCUCCACCGCUACCAAGAAAGCACCUGCAAAGAAGCCUGCAGCAGCCACCAAAGCCAAGAAGGCCGAUACAACUGCUUCCACCACCAAGAAAUCGACCACCCCCAGAAAGCCUCCGACCAAACGCGCCGCUCCCACCAAGCGUGCUUCCCCCACCAAGAAAUCAGUCACAGAAAAGGCUGGCGUGAAAGCACCAAAGAAGGCCGCCCCCAAGAAGGCUGCCCCUAAGAAGCGCACCACCAAGGCAUAAACAUAUCCGUAUAUAGUCGUUUUCAUUGCGUUCUUUCUUUCCUUUUAUUUCCUUUUCUCUCUCUCUUCUAUUCUGUUUAUCGACAAAGAGAAAGGUUGAUCUUCUCAUUUCUUGUACAGUCUUUUUUUUAAUUCUCUUUUUUUUUUCAACCUCAUAAAAUUUUUUUUUCUUCCCUCGUGUGCAAAAAAAAAAAGAUAAAAUUUGG